AACUUCUAUGACACAGACUACAGUCCUAGACACCCAGCGCUGAGACAGGUGUAGGGAUGUGGUGGAAAGAAUCUCCCCUUUCACUUCCUAAAACGCUUCUCCUGGGGUUCUCCUAGCCUCCCUAAUUCAAGGUGUCAGGUUACAUGUAUGGAGUAGGAGAAAAGCAAGAUUUCUCUCCUUUUCACUAGUCUGGGAAAUGAGACAAGAAAUAAGGGGUCUAGGGGUUGAGGUCCCAGGAGCAAAGGAUCUCCCAGUGGCUAGCCACAGGCUUCCUUUCCCCCAAGCGAGACCCUCUCUGGGAGCUGGAUUCCCCUCCCUACGAAUUCCCCGGACUCGGGAGUCAUCCCCUCCCCUUCUCCUGGGCGGGGUUGGCUGAUGAGUCAUCAGCUCCAAGCUCUAGUCUGGGCGGGGGAAAGUUCCCCAGCACCCACAGCUUCCUGGUCCCAGUUGCAGCCAUGGCUGAAGAACAGGCACAGGUUGAGUUGUUCGUCAAGGCUGGCAGUGAUGGUGCCAAGAUUGGGAACUGCCCCUUCUCCCAAAGACUUUUCAUGGUGCUCUGGCUUAAGGGUGUCACCUUCAAUGUCACCACUGUAGACACCAAAAGGAGAACAGAAACAGUACAGAAGUUGUGUCCUGGAGGUCAGCUUCCAUUUUUACUGUAUGGCACAGAAGUGCACACAGACACUAACAAGAUUGAAGAGUUUCUGGAGGCAGUGCUGAGCCCCCCUAGGUAUCCCAAGUUGGCAGCUAAGAACCCAGAAUCCAACACAGCUGGCCUGGAUGUCUUUGCCAAAUUUUCUGCCUAUAUCAAGAAUUCAAACCCAGCACUCAAUGCGAACCUGGAGAAAGGGUUGUUGAAAGCACUGAAAGUUCUGGACAACUAUCUGAUAUCACCACUUCCUGAGGAAAUUGAUGAGACCAGUGCAGAAGAUGAGGGUGUUUCCCACAGAAAGUUUCUGGAUGGUGAUGAGCUCACAUUGGCUGAUUGCAACCUGCUGCCCAAGCUCCACAUUGUACAGGUUGUAUGUAAGAAAUAUCGGGGAUUUUCUAUCCCAGAAGAGUUCAGAGGGUUGCAAAGAUACCUACGUAAUGCUUAUGCCAGAGAAGAGUUUGCCUCUACUUGUCCAGAUGCAGAGGAGAUUGAGCUGGCCUAUGAGCUAGUAGCCAAAGCCCUAAAGUAACCAUGGACAGAGCUUCUUUCCUUCCCUACCCCACUCCUGCUUUCACAAAUGGCUUGACAGAACCACUCCAUGGAAUUGGUUUAGAGAUGGCUGCCCAAUGAACACACUUCAAAAUAGCCACUGGACAGUGAAUUUUGAAAUAAAGUAUAGAUGGGCAGAGAAGGUUGUUGGGGGUAGGAUGAGAAGGAAAAUGAGUGGUAUUUUGUUUUUUUGAAGGGGAUAGGAUGAAAAUGUAUUUCAUUAAUAAAACAGAAGCAAAA